AAAUCGGGGAAAGAAAUAGAAACAGAAAGGGGAAGCCAGCAGCGACGACCGGCGUCCGAAAUGGCGUUCCCGGCGGCUACCAUCCGCGCGGCGGCGCUGUGCCGGAUCUCGGCGUCUGCUGCGGCCGGCGGGAGGCGCGAGCGGGAGCGGGAGCCGCCGUUCGCGCUGGCGGAGCGUGGGAUGGUGGUGGGGGGCCACCGCGGGAUGGGGGUGAACGCGGUGGGGGCGCCGCCCGGAGCGCGCGUCGGGGUCGCGAGGGAGCGGGAGAACACGCUGCUCUCCCUCGGCCGCGCCGCCGCGCUCGCGGCCGUCGCCUUCGUCGAGUUCGACGUCCAGGUCACGAAAGAUGGCUGCCCAAUAAUCUUCCACGACGACUUCAUCCUAACACAAGAAACUGGGUCUGUAUAUGAGAGGCGUGUUACUGAUCUUCUCUUGGAAGAAUUCCUUUCAUAUGGGCCACAAAAAGAAUCUCGCAAGGUCUCCAAGCCUUUACUUAGACGGACAGGAGACGGCAGAGUCCUUAAGUGGAGUACAGAAGAAGAUGAUUCUCUUUGCACAUUGCAAGAGGUCUUUGAACGUGUCAGUCCUCGUCUGGGAUUUAACAUUGAGCUGAAGUUUGAUGACAACAUUAUCUAUCACAGGAAAGAUCUUGAGUGUUCUCUUCAAGCUGUAUUGCAAGUCGUUUUUCAGUAUGCUAGCAACAGACCAGUCUUUUUCUCAACUUUCCAUCCUGAUGCGGCGCGGAUGAUGCGGGAGCUCCAAAGCUUUUAUCCUGUGCUUUUCUUAACAGAAGGGGGGACAGCCAAACACAACGAUUCGAGAAGGAACUCACUUGACGAGGCUAUCCGGGUAUGCCAAGAGUACGACUUGCAUGGGAUUGUGUCAGAAGUGAGAGGGGUUUUCAAGAACCCCUCUGCGGUCGUCAGAGCACAAGAAUCCAACCUUGCACUUCUCACAUAUGGGCAGCUCAAUAAUGUGUGGGAGGCUGUUUACGUCCAGUAUCUGAUGGGCGUAAAUGGCGUCAUUGUUGAUCUGGUGGAGGAGAUCUCAAAUGCUGUGGCAGAUUUCAGUAAACCAGAUUUCAGUAAACCGGACCUCAGCAAGAACACGUUAGGGAGUGGUGUCAGCGUGGACGGAUCAAAACAUCAGGCCUUCUCGCAGCAGCAGCUGGGGUUCUUGCUCCGGCUUAUACCUGAAUUGAUUGAGCAACCACGCUGAAGGUACAUGAUGCCCAAGAAACAUCUCAGUUCUGACCCUUGAAGCAUAUAUCACCCAUCAGGCUUUCAUCUUCAGUUGAUUGUCCAGGUAGAUAGAGAGAUUUAACACCAGUUUAGAAGGUAUACGCACGUGCUAUAUAGCAUUGUUGUGUGUUGAGUACAUAGACGAUUCCGUGUAGUCAAAACUUAAUUCCUGUACUUUUGUUGCAAAUACGUUCACAUAUAGUGCUGUCAAUUACACGUACGGCAAUGUAUUGUUGAAAGCCGGCAAAGAUAAGAUUGUAAUUUGGGCAGCCGGUUAUUGCCGGAGCAUUGGUCUUGGUCUGCCUUGCAAUAUUUCGUGUUGCUUCCAUGUUAGUAGCCGGGAGCGGCAAAGUUGGCAACUGCCAAUCCUCUGAUUCGUUGCAUCCGCAUCGUAAUCCUUUCUCUUAGUUGUAUGUAUUAGC